CAUAUAGUUGAUAAUCAUUUUAUAUGACACAAUAAUUUUACAGCACAAACUGAACGUUUUGUACUUAUACAGUUUCAUGUAUAUUCGGUAUAGCAAAUAUGUGCUAUUAAACAUUACAGAAUCUUUAGUAACGUUUUUUAAAGCACUCCACAUACAAUUGUAAUGUAUUAAAAUAUUGCAAAUAAUAUACAUAUUUUAAAUAAAAUAUGAAAAAUAAUAGCUUUCAGCAUAGAAUCAGUAAAUAAAGCUCAAGUAUAAAUUGAUAAGCAUCGUUGCAUUACAAUGCAACAUUGUUAUCGCUCUUUUUGUUCAAACGAAUCUCUAGUACAACAUGAGAUUCUUUUGCAAACAAUAAAUUUAUGCUUGGUGGGCUAAUCAUAGCUAAUCAUAUAUGUAAAGCAGAUAAUAUUUAGCUCUGACGCAGUCAUUGAAUAACAUAACGUCCAAGAUGCACAAUCCGAAGCUAAGAAAUGUUGCCAAAUGUUAAUCUCAGUCAUCAUCAAGCAUGAGUCAAUGUGUUUUCGAGAUGUAAUACACACCUUGAAUUGCAACUGUGGACACGUUAGUUUAACAUUUCAUGCUUCGAAUGCGCAGACCAUCCAUCGAGAAUUAUCAUUGUUUUUCAAGUUUCUAUGAAUUUUUUACAUGCAUUAAGAACUUCGUUUUAACAUAGCGAAAUAUACUAUAAUCUAGAUAAGUUGAUUUGAGUUGAGUCGUUGAAUGUGCUAAUAUAGUGUUCAAUUCUAAAAGUAAAAAUUUAUUAAGUGGAAGUUUAAUAGUGGAAAGAAAAUGUUUUUGUAUUGCUAUGCUCGUAUAUUUUUAAUAAUGUAUAAUACAUUUAAUAAUCCAAAGAUUAUUCAAUUUCUUCAAUUCUUUCAUUAUAAUGAAAUUUCAAGAUAUUAUAAACGUAUGAUAUAAACGUGUUCCAACUGUAUAAUUCGAAACAUUAAAUUGGAGCAUAGCAUUGCAUACAUAUAUCGCAUAAGUAAAAAAAAAAUUGCUGCGUUUAGUAGAAUAAAGCAAAAGAACUUUUGAUCCAUAAAUGUGUACGAAACAUACUUGUUUUAAUCAAUAAAUAUUUAAUAAUACAGAGUUUGGUAGUUACUGUUAGUGUUAAUUUAAAAUGUCUUAUACGUUUAAUAAUGAUCGUAUCGCAACUUUAAUAGAACAAAACGUGUAAUGCUUCUUAAUAUUUUCAGGUACUAGUUCAUUAUUUUUAAGAGAUUAAUAUAGACAAAACUAAUAGAUGCACAAAUUUCCGUAUAAAUCUUGUGGAAUUCAGUCAUGUAAUCAUGUCUACUAAAAAAGACGAAGAGUUAUUUAGUGAAAAUGAAAAUAUGCCAAAGAAAGAAACAGAAAAUGUACAUAAUUCCGAUGAAAAUUUUGAUCCACCUGAUGGUGGUUGGGGAUGGGUUAUAGUAGUAGCAGCUGGAUUUUCUAAUCUUUGUAUAUUAACAAUAUUGCAAUCUUUCGGAUUAAUAUUUAGAGACAGAUUUGCAGAACUGGGAAUCAAUUCGUCACAAACAACGACUAUAAUAAAUAUAAAUUUUGCAGUAAAUUCUUGCACUGGUUUAGCUAAUGGUCCCCUGUUUAAAAAAUACAGUUAUAGGCAAAUAGCUAUCGCAGGCUCUCUAAUUUGCGCUGUAUCGAUGACAGCAUUGUCAAUGACAAGAAGUUUUAUCGGAGCUAUAAUUUUCUUUUCUAUUUUAUACGCUGCUGGACUCGGUAUAACGAUGUCAUCAAAUACUUUAGUUUUAAAUGCUUACUUCAAAAAGAAAAGAAGAACUGCUAUUAGCCUUAGCUGGACCUGUACUGGCAUAGGACCAAUAGUAAUGCCGCAAAUAAUUACAUUGCUGACGCCAAUAUAUGGUAUGGAAGGUACUAUACUUAUUUUAGGCGGUUUUGCAUUUAACGCUGUAGUUUGUGCUCUUCUGUUGCAACCUGUUUCUUGGCAUGUUAAAAAGAGACAAGAUAUAGAAAAAUCUCUGAAUAGCAAAAACGUGAAUGCCGAAGAAUUGCCAAUGACCGAUGAGACAACAAUGAAUGUUACUUCUCAAAGUAGAUCGUUGGAAAAUGUUGCCAAGGAUACACAAAGUAAUUAUAGUAUUUCGAAUCUUGUGAAAGGAAAGUUUGGAAGCCAAUAUUUGUAUUAUGACGAUGAAGAAUACGGUGCUUCUGGUAUAGACGUCAUAGGUCCUGGAACACCAAUGAUGUCCCGAGCCAAUGAUGGAUGGUUCUCUAGAAAAAAUACUUCAACUACGUCGAUGACGUCUAAAUCAUCGAGAAAGGAAAGCCUUUCAUUGAGUCCAAGCCCAACACCAUCGAUAAAUUUAAGUAGACAAUCCAGCCUUAAUAAAAAACCGUCGUUUAAAAAUCUUAAUAGACCAAACAGUGAGACAGAAAAAAGUCGAAGAAGACGUUUAAGUUAUCAAUCAUCCAUCGCUCCAUUAAUUAUCGUUAGCGAAUCUUGUGAACAUGGUGCGUAUCUUGAAGAUUGCAAAGAUCCAAAUUGUCAGCAUAAAUUGCAGCAAAAUACAAUAAUACUCGAAGAAUUUGAAAAUGAUCAAUUCUUGAAAAAAGAAUGUGUCGAGGAGACGACAAAGAAAACGUUCUUGGAAGCACUGAUAAUCUUUUUCGACUUAGAUCUUCUUCGUGAUUUUAUUUACGUAAAUAUAAUGUUGGGUAUUACCUUCGCUCAUUUCGCAGAAUUAAAUUUUUCGCUCUUGACACCGUUCAUAUUGGGCGAACGUGGAUUCUCAAAAAUUGAAAUUGCGACUGCAAUGUCAAUUCUUGCUAGUUUCGACGUGGUCACUAGAUUGACAAUUCCUUUUAUUGCCGACUUUAUCGGGUGGCAAAAUAGGACUUUCUUUCUAGUCGGUGUUUGUGGAAUGGCGGCAGGUCGUAUUGUUUUAGCACACGUUCAAAAUUUUGGAGUUACCUUGGCAGUUGUGGUUCUAAUUGGUGUUGGAAAAGCUUUGAGAACAAUCUUUAUGGCCCUUGCAAUCCCUAAUCACGUUCCUCUGUCGAGGCUUCCGGCUGCGACUGGUAUACAACUUUUAACUAGUGGUAUUGUUUCAUUGACCUUAGGACCAAUAGUUGGUUGGAUUAGAGACGUAACUUCAAAUUACGCAAUUAUGCUUCAUGUUUUGAACAUUUUUACGUACUUGACUGCAAUUUCGUGGUGGUUAGAAAUCUACUUUACGGAACGAAAGUCAACGAGAGCAGAAGAAGAAAGGCAUCAAAUAAAUUAAACAUUUAACACGCUAACGAUUCAUGCUAUUCGAACACCGAGUAUUGUUCUUCUUCUUUUUCGUUGACGUAGAAUGAAUAGAACGUCUUGUUUCCCUUUUUUCUGAAUAUGGAAAUGUUCAUUAUUUAAAACAAACUUAUGAAUUAGUAGAAAAUAAUCCGUUUGUUAGUUCAGUCUCAUUUAGAUCACUGGAACUGAACUUCCUCGACAAUCAACGUGUUUUUCUAUGAUAUGGAAUCUUUACAACGACAAAUAAACAAGCACGUAUUUUGUAUUUAUUUAUAACAAAAAAUGGUGUAUGAUUAUAUACAUAUGUAUUAACAGAUAACAAAUAAUUAACAAUG